AUGCAUCAUAUUGCAUUCAUAAAAAGUGUCAAAACCAAGUCUCAUACUCUCCUCAUUUCUGUCUCAGAGAAGCAAAGUGGCCCGGCAUAUUCAGCACAAGCCUCUCAAGCGCAAAAUGCUCAGACCACUCAGGCACAUGUUGAAGCUUCUCAGUCUGCUGGUUCUCCUGCAAUCCAGCCAAUUCCUACUACUUCUGUUGAUACUUCACAACCAAUUCCUACUGGUUCCACCGCAGCUGUUGGUACUACACAACCUUGGGUGACUGAAGUUUUUUCUGGUAAUAUGUCAAACAUGUACAAUUCAGGCUUCCAUCCCGUUGGACCUUCCGGUUUCUCUUUCCCUCCUCAGUACUGUAUGCCGCCAGGCUACCCGUGGGGCAUGCCGCUCGCAACUAAUGAAGGUUUUCGUCAUAAUGCGCCGGAAAUGCAGUUCCCUCUUGGCCAGCAACAAACACCAUUCUACCAGACCGGCCAGCCUUUUCCUCAGGCUACUAUGACUUAUGCUGGACCCCUCGUGCAUGCUGCUCAGCAAGAGAAGGAACAAGUUUACCAUUCCAAUAGUGUGGCUGGUGAUGAUAGAGUGGGUAACUUAGAAGAGAAAUACGAUGUGGUACAUAAAGAGUUGAAGAGUAUCCGGGGUAAGGAAGUGUUUAGCCAUAAUUUGAAUGACCUCUGCUUGGUUGCGGAUGUGGUUAUACCUCCUAAGUUUAAAGUGCCAACCUUUGAGAAGUACACGGGGAAUACUUGCCCUGAAAUGCACUUAAUCAUGUAUGUCAGGAGGAUGACGGCUCAUAGGAAGAAUGAACCUCUACUCAUCUACUGUUUUCAGGACAGUUUGGCUGGUCCCGCACUCACAUGGUAUAUGAAUUUGAAGGGUAUCACUACUUUUGAAGAAUUGGCUAAUGCCUUCAUCCAGCAGUAUAAAUAUAACUCUUAUCUGACCCCUAACCGGAAAGAGCUGCAAGCUAUGACUCAGGGUGAUAAGGAAUCUUUCAAUGAGUAUGCUCAGCGCUUCAUUCAGAAAUCUGCUCAAAUUCGUCCGCCUUUGGAAGAAAGAGAAGUGGCUGAUCUGUUCUAUGAGACUCUGAGCCCUUUCUACUCAGAGAAGAUGCUUCUUUGUGCUUCACAGAAGUUUACCGACAUGGUAGACGCGGGUGUUCGUAUUGAAGAAUGGGUCCGUAAGGGACGGGGGAGUAAAGAUGGUGCCUCUUCAGGUGGUUAUUCAGGAAGUUUGACAAGUGGGUCAUCCAAUGGUAAUAGGAAGUUCGGAAAUGGGUACCCAAAGAAGAAUCCUCAAGAGGUCGGCAUGGUGGCUCAUGGCGGAUCCCAACCUGUAUACCCCAACUACCCCUAUGUUGCUAAUAUUCCAUCACCCAUCCCAGCUCCACAAAACCCAAACUAUCAACCACAAAGGCCUCAAGCCCACCGUCCAUAUUAUCCACCACUAUAUCAAUCACAACCUUAUCAGCCGCAACCGUUUUACCAACAACCAUACUAUCCCCUUCCACCACAACAACAACAGCCUCGUCAGCCUUGUCCUCCACCACAACAACAACAGCCUCGUCAGCCUCGCCCUCCGAGAAAUCAAUUCCCUCCUAUCCCUAUGUUGUAUGGAGACUUGUUACCCUCCCUACUCGCUAGGGGUCUUGUUCAGGUUAAACCACGUCCCCCGGUGCCGAACCCUUUACCUCAUUGGUAUCGCCCAGACCUUACUUGUGAAUUCCAUCAAGGGGCACCAGGGCACGACAUUGAGCACUGCUACCCUCUCAAAGACGCAGUCCAAAGAUUGAUUCACAACAAGGACUUAUCCUUCAAUGACCCUGACCUUGUUGCUCCAAACAACCCUCUGCCACCCCAUGGGCCGACCGUUAACAUGAUUGAGAAUUAUCAGGAAGAUGGUCUCGUCACCAACGCUCAAGAUGUCAGAACCCCGUUGGUUCCAAUGCAUGUGAAGAUGUGUAACAUAGGUAUGUUUAGCCACGAUCAUAUCAAUUGUGAGGUGUGUUCUGCGGAUCCCCACGGGUGCAUUCAAGUUCAAAAUGAUGUACAAGGGUUAAUGGAUCAAGGAGAGCUGGUUGUCACAAGAGAAGAUAAGAACAUUUGUGUUGUAAUUCCUAUGUUUAAGGAUAGGACGAAACCAAUUGGUGUUGUUACUCCGAUAUUCAAAGACAAUGCCAAGACAAUUGUCGAUCCUUUGGCAAUUUGUGUGCCAAAACCCAAGCUGUUUUUCUCCCAGAAGGCUAUUCCAUAUAGCUACGAAUCUACAGACAUAGAGGAUGGUAAAGGGGUACUUUUGAGUCCUUCAACUUCGGUAGAUAACAUUGCUGAGAGUAGUCAAAUUCUGAGAAGUGGACGUAUUCUUCCGGCUGUUGUACAAGCAAAGAACAAAGCUCCGGCGAUAGAAUCAGUGCCAAUACCAGAUCCUAGCAAGGGUAAAAGUGUGUGUCAACCUAGUGGAACUGAAAACGAUGAAAUUUUGAAACUAAUCAAGAAAAGUGAUUAUAAGAUAGUGGAUCAGUUAUUGCAAACUCCAUCCAAGAUUUCUAUCAUGUCACUAUUGACAAGUUCUGAUGCUCAUAGGGAGGCCUUGAUGAAAGUGUUGAAUCAGGCCUACGUAGACCAUGAUGUGACUUUGGAUCAAUUUGGGAGCAUUGUUGGAAAUGUGACGGCAUGCAACAAUCUGAGUUUCAGUGAGGAAGACCUCCCGGUGGAGGGGAAAAAUCAUAACAUGGCCUUACAUAUCUCUGUUAUGUGCAAAACAGAUUCUCUUUCCAAUGUCUUGAUAGACACUGGUUCUUCCCUCAAUGUGAUGGCGAAGACAACCUGUGAUAAAUUGACGUAUUCAGACGGAUUUAUUAGGCCCAGUUGCGUGUCGGUAAGGGCAUUUGAUGGAUCCAGGAAGACGGUGUGGGGAGAAAUAGAUUUACCUAUCACUAUUGGGCCCCAAGAGUUUAAAGUUACAUUCUAG